AUGGAAUCGAGUUUGUUGAGUAGGAGAAACCACAUCAAUCUCAUGCGUGGUUGGCCGUCACCAGAUGUUUUGCCAGCUGCUAUGCUUUCAAGUGCCUGCCAGCAAGUUCUCCUCCGCCGUGAGGAGUAUAUCCCUAUUCUCCAAUAUGGUCCAAGUACAGGUCACCCAACAUUGAAGAACGAGUUAUCCAGAUGGCUUGGCGAGCAUUAUAAUGUCAGCCCAGAUCCAAAUCGAAUUUGUGUCACAGGCGGAGCAAGCCAGAGCUUGGCUUGCAUUCUCCAGAGCUUCACUGACCCAAACUAUACCAAAGCCAUUUGGAUAAUUGCUCCUUGUUAUUACCUGGCGUGUGGAAUUUUCCAAGAUUCGGGAUUUGCUGGAAAAUUGCGUGCAGUACCGGAAGAUAACGAGGGCAUCAACUUGUUGUUCCUGCAAAACAAAAUCAGGGAGCUAGAACAAGACGAACAAGCAAAACCGCAGCCAAAGGUGAGUGUUGGCCCGAAAACACCAGUGGUCAACAGGUACUCACUCGAUCUAACAAUCUCACAGCCGGUCAAGCCUCAUGACAUGACCAGAAAGCUGUAUAGGCAUGUCGUGUACAUUGUACCAACUUGCGCAAACCCUUCUGGGAAAACCAUGUCUCUUCGACGACGUGAAGAGUUGGUACAGCUGGCACGGGAUCACAAUGCUCUCGUGGUCUGUGAUGACGUGUACGACUUCUUACAGUGGUCUGUUGACCCCGAAGAAGAACAGGGUAAUAGGAGUGACUUGAGACUGCCUAGGCUAUGCGAUAUUGAACGAUCAUUGGGAUUUUCGGAGCAGGACCCAGACAAAUUUGGUUACACCGUCAGCAACGGGUCCUUUAGUAAAAUUGCUGGGCCGGGAGUCCGCACAGGUUGGGUUGAAGCCUCCCCAAAGUUCGUCAUUGGGCUAGGCAACACUGCUUCCACAGUGUCAGGCGGAGCACCGAGUCAGCUGUGCGCCGCGAUACUCGGUGAAGCUCUCCGAACUGGCGAACUACAGAAGCACAUAGCUCGCACGGUUUGUCCAUCUCUGCAGAGGAGACAUAAGCUCGCAAUGAUCGCAAUUCAUCAAUACGUUACGCCUCUGGGCUACUGUGCCCGGAAAACGAGUCUUACCGGAGCUCGAAUUUAUGGCGGAUACUUUAUCUGGCUGUCUCCGAAAGAAGAACUGUCACUGAGCUCCCAACUAGUCGCCGACGUCGCGAUGGAAGAAGAGAAUCUCGCGAUAGGUUAUGGAUGCAUGUUUGAGGUUCACGGGGACGAAGGCAGUGCUCCGUUCAAAGGUGACAUUCGAAUUUGCUUUGCAUGGGAGGCAGAGGAUGCCAUAAUUGAGGGUAUUCGGCGAUUAGGCUCUUUACUCAAGCGAAUGUUGGAAAAUCCAACGCAGUACGAGAACUGGAAGUCGAAGACUGAAGAACCAUCGAAUUUCGUACAUUGCUACUAA